CGCUUCUCACGCCCCACCCUUUCCGCUCUACGGCAAAAAAACCAGCUCCCAGAGCGUCUUCCGGCGGGAGCUGUGCGGCUCCUUAUCAUGGGGACAAUUCAUCUCUUUCGAAAACCACAAAGAUCUUUUUUUGGCAAGUUAUUACAGGAAUUUAGACUUGUAGCAGCUGACCGAAGGUCCUGGAAGAUACUGCUUUUUGGUGCAAUAAACUUAACAUGUACUGGCUUCCUGCUUAUGUGGUGCAGUUCUACUAACAGUAUAGCUUUAACUGCCUAUACUUACCUGACCAUUUUUGACCUGUUUAGUUUAAUGACAUGUUUAAUAAGUUACUGGAUAAUGAUGAGGAAACCUAGCCCUGUCUAUUCAUUUGGGUUUGAAAGAUUAGAAGUCCUGGCUGUAUUUGCCUCCACAGUCUUGGCACAGUUGGGUGCUCUCUUUAUAUUAAAAGAAAGUGCAGAACGCUUUUUGGAGCAGCCUGAGAUACACACGGGAAGAUUGUUAGUUGGUACUUUUGUGGCUCUCUCUUUCAACCUGUUUACAAUGCUUUCUAUUCGAAAUAAACCUUUUGCUUAUGUCUCUGAAGCUGCUAGUACGAGUUGGCUUCAAGAGCAUGUUGCAGAUCUUAGUCGAAGCUUAUGUGGAAUUAUUCCAGGACUUAGCAGUAUCUUCCUUCCCCGAAUGAAUCCAUUUGUUUUGAUUGAUCUUGCUGGAGCAUUUGCUCUUUGUAUUACAUACAUGCUAAUUGAAAUUAAUAAUUAUUUUGCUGUAGACACUGCCUCUGCCAUAGCCAUUGCUCUGAUGACGUUUGGCACCAUGUAUCCCAUGAGUGUGUACAGUGGGAAAGUGUUACUCCAGACAACACCACCCCAUGUUAUUGGUCAGCUGGACAAACUUAUCAGAGAGGUAUCUACCUUGGAUGGAGUUUUGGAAGUCCGAAAUGAGCAUUUUUGGACCCUAGGUUUUGGCUCAUUGGCUGGAUCAGUGCAUGUAAGAAUUCGACGAGAUGCAAAUGAACAAAUGGUUCUUGCUCAUGUGACCAACAGGCUGUACACUCUAGUGUCUACUCUGACUGUUCAAAUUUUCAAGGAUGAUUGGAUUAGGCCUGCCUUACUAUCUGGGCCUGUUGCAGCCAAUGUCCUAAAUUUUUCAGAUCAUCACGUAAUCCCAAUGCCUCCUUUAAAGGGUACUGAUGAGUUGAACCCUGUCACAUCGACUCCUGCUAAACCUAGUAGUCCACCUCCAGAAUUUUCGUUUAACACCCCCGGAAAAAAUGUGACUCCGGUUAUUCUAAACACACAAAUGAGACCUUAUGGUUUGGGUCUUAAUCAUGGACACAUACCUUACAGCAGCAUGCUUACUCCAGGACUUGCAGUUCCAGGGAUUGGAGCAACCCCAGGAUUCAGGACUAACUUUACAAAUCUACCAGGUAGAUAUGGAACUAACAAUAGGAUCGGACAACCAAGACCAUGACGUACUGUAACUUAAUUUAUUUGUAUGGGGAAUAUUGGCUCCUUUACUUCCAAUUUAUUUAGUAAUCCAACUUUCCAUUGACUGUUCAAUCAUUUACUCUAAAUGUUAGAGAAGAGUAGUCUAGUUCACAUGACAUGAAACCAAUGAAACUUUAUUUUUGUGAAAUGUGUUUAGGACAGUGUGAACCUUCUAAAUGCUAUUGGCUUUAAAUAGGCUUCCUUUAGAAAGCAUGUUUCUCUAAAUUUGAAUUUUGCUAUCUUUGAUUUUGUAGCUGACUGCAAUGUGAUAGGUUAUCUUUACAGGAGAACCACUUGAUGAAAUGGAUCUAUCACAUUAUGUAAAAUAUAAUAUUUCAGUGAAAUUUAGGAAAGGAAAAAAUAUCCAUUCUAAAAAUAAAAGUCUCUUUUAUAGCUUUUCUAAACUUAAUUGUUACAUUUUUCUUUGAGGGCCUCCUGAAAUAUGUCUUGCAAAGUAAAAGCAAAAAUUUUUAUCAGAAAUUUUGGAACAUUCUACGUAGCAUAAUUUAACAUUUUUAAUUAUCAGUUUUUUAAUAAUUUUUCUCACUUAAAAAUUUCAGUACAUUUGUAAAUAAUACAUAGUUUUAUUCUGGUGAAAUGAAUACCAAAUCCUUUGGUGAUGUGCAAUAAAGUUAUCCUAGUUUUCUCUCUUAUAUUUAAUCAAAUACUGACAUCGUGAUGGAAUUUAUCAAAGUGACAAAAAAAUGUCUCUUUUUCAUUGGUUGGCUUUCAGUUUCUCAUUUCAUUAACAAAACAUAUCAAAUAUCAUCAAAAUAUACGGAAUUCCAUAUAUAAUAUAGGAUUUGAUAUAUUUU